AUGGACGAAGACUCUAGUGGUCUUCGAAACGAUAUCAUUACCUCUACCACCUCCUUGGAUGACUUUGAUUGCUCCUCAAGCAUACCCCCGCCUACCAAAAGACCUACGAAACAAUCGCAUCACGACAGCUUCUUCGAACUUGCACGUUUGAUGAAAGAGAAGAAACCGUAUACUGCCACUCCAAAUCUGACUUCACGCCUAUCGCUCCCUACUGGGCCAAACAGUUCACACUCUAGCGAUCGUAUUCUCCAUGCAGAUCGCGCUUUUUCCCACUCGACGAAGCCCUUCACUGCGCCAGAGACUGUCGCUGAAUUUCUUGAGAAGCAAGAGUUUGCUUCUCCAGCCAAUUGUUCAAAAGAUGCUAUCACGGGCCACCUGUUUAAAAAGGAGGUACAACCCCAGAAUCGAGUGGGUGACAAAGUUGGUCUCAGCCUUGUAGACGAGAGUGUAUGUUCGCACGAGGCACAGCCAACCAUAUCUCCGAGCAGUGACAUAGCGUGUCUCUUAGACCUUGAGCCGCUUUCACGCGUGGUACCAGUCGAGUCAUCAACCUCUACUGAAUCCCUUCAAACGCCUCGACUAGCACAUCAAACCAAGACUGAUUACAUAACGCAAUUGACAAAACCAAUAUGGCAUCCCAUGAGGAAUGACUUUGAUGGUGCAGAGGAACACAUGCCAAUUCUCGGACUACACAUUCCAGCUCUCAAGCAAAGUGACGAAGAAAUAAGAAGAACAAAGGACGAUGAAGAGUCGCAGUUGUGUAGGCUGAAGUAUCGAAAUGAAGUUAACAAAGACCAGAAAGCAUCAAUGUGCCGACUCUUGGCUGAAAAGGAGAAUCAGAUCAAGACUCAACAGCUAGCACUUGAUACCGUGGCUCAGAGAAUGGCAGAACUAGAGGCAGAACUUGAGGGCUUGGGAAAAGUGACUGGGGAGCGCGAUUUCCUGUGCGGCACUGUCGCGAAACUAGCCCGUGAACGAGAUGAAGCCUUGCAAGCCUCUACCAGCGCGCAAGAUUAUCAAGCCCACAUCCAAAAGCUUACCGAUACUCUUGCGAAGUUCAAAGAAGUCAACAUCGAGCUACGUCGAAAGCUUGUACAAGAAAGCCUCAGUAGGACUACUCUGGAAGAUGACAAUGAAGAUCUCAAAGCCAAACUUCACGAAAAGACCAGUAUUUGUAACCGCCAGCGCGACCAGCUAAGGACUACCGAACGCGAACUUCAGAUCUCUGAAAAGCGUGUCAGCGAUACAAAGAACGGUCAGUUGUUGCAGGGCGCUGCCCAUCUUGUCAAGCCACACAUGAAUGCUGAGCUGCCCAAGACGGUGGUUGCAUGCUCCGAGUGCUACGCCAAUAAUCUGGAGUGCGAUAGUAAGGCGAGGUGUCGCAACUGUACCGAACGUGGCGUAUCGUGUGGACGUUGGAGGUGCUCAAUGAAGCACAAGCUGGGCGACUGUCCUCUUACACCAUGCAAACUCUCGCACGACUCACAGGGCUGGCUUAUUCUACCAAAAGAAAGGCCUCAAUGGUGA